CCUCAAAACUACAAUAAUUCAUUCCUUGUUAAGAAGCAUGGUUCCUAAUUUGGUACAGCCCGUUCCAUAUACUAAUGCAACAGCAUCUCUAAAUGUGAUUAUACCUGAGGUUCUUAAAGAAGAUAAUUAUAAAAGGUGGAGCAUUUUAAUGCGACACUAUUUGGUGGCUCAAGGCCUUUGGGAUGUUGUUCUAUCAAACCAAAUUCCAUGGAGUGAAGAUACAGGGGACUGGACUAAAAAGAAUGCUUUAGCUCUGCUUGCAAUUAAGAUGUCAUGUGGAGCAGAAACGUUUGAUCAGAUUGAGGAGAUGGAUUCGGCCAGAAAUGCAUGGAACGCAUUGGCCGAUUUGCAUAAACCACCAAAUGUAGACGGCCACAGAGGAAGUGAAACUGAUGCUGCAGGGGAUUGGAAUGCCCUAAAAUCCUUAGACUAUAUAACUAAAAUAAUUUUUCCUAGCGGUUUCACUGUUCUGCAUAUCGCAACUAUGGCUGGUCACUUGAAGAUUGUCAAUGAAUUGGUCAAGAUAGCAAGAGAAGACUACUUGGAAAUGCAGGAUGACAAUGAAACUAGCAAUCAAGGAACCUUGUUCCUCAAACACUGUGUACUCAACAUCAUGUUUGAUGUUGGUUUGGAUCUAUUCCUUCGUUGUCCGCAAUUGGCAGCUAGCACUAGAGAAUCCAUUACUAUUUCAGAAUUGUCUGAACAUCCUUCUCUAUUCCCUAGCCCUUUUGAGCAACUUUUGUAUAAAUGUGUUUGUAUUGCUAAAGUGCCAUCUCCCUCUGAGGAUACGGACAGAAGCAGACAAAAAAUCUUCGGAAUACAUGGAGUACCUAUGGACUUAUAUAAUCUGAAGUUAACCCAUACGUUUGCCAAUUCGGUUUUGCAAUACUGGUGCAAGGAAAUAUCAACCUACAGGGAUGCCACACAACUUGUUGAAAGGGGAACAAUCUCAGCAAUCUUCCAAGCAAUCAAGAAUGGCAGAGUCAAAAUUGUGAUUGAGAUCCUCAAAUCGAACCCACAUCUAAUUUGGUGCAAUAAAAACCUUUCAAGAGAAAUACUCAUCUCCGCAAUCAAAUAUCGUCGAGGAAGUAUUUUAGGGUUUUUUUUGAGGCUUGAUGCAGGGAAGAAAACAUUUCUCUCUUUAACAGAUGAAGAUGGAAACAACGUGUUGCAUCUAGUAGCCAAGUUACCAGACUUUCAGAUUUAUGUUACUCUCUUUCCUGCUUGGUUUCUGCAACAAGAAGUAAAGUGGAAGUCGGAAGCUUACUUCCACGCUGGUAUCAAGGAGCCAAAAAUCAUUAUGGGCAAACUCCAUCCCAAGUUUUCGACAGAGAACACCAACAAUGGACAAAAGAAUCGAAUGAAUGGGCAAAGAAUGCUGCAAAUUCUUAUAUUCUGGAUCCUAUGGUCCAUUUGGUCUGCGCCGAAUGCUGCCCAUAGACUUGAUGGUCGCUAUGUUCUUACUCAUAAUUUCCAUAGUAACGAUGAUCUUGGCCUUCGUUUUUGCUCUUACGAUCAUGUUGUCAAAAAAGUGGUUGGUACUACCAGCUAUUAUAACAUACCUAGUAUUUCCCAUCCUCAUUUUGCUCAACCGGCAGCUGUUGCCCGCCGCUUUUGAUGUUUAUAGACUGAAGUUUGUAUCAAUAAUCUCGUAAGAUAUGGGCAAUGGACCGCAUUAGAAGAAUCUUGUUAAAAGUCUUUUAUGGCGUUAAUUUAUUUGUAUUUCUAUGUAAUUUUGUAAUGUCUGCAUUUAUGUUAUAAACUUUUCUUCUUCUUCUUCUUUUUGUGAAAAUAUCUGGUUUUGUCAACUUUUUCUUUCCAGAUUUCAUCUAUUUCAACUUUCAUUUUCAUUUUGAUUUUCAUUCUUUCUUUGGUUGCAGAGGAAGUGCAAGAAAAAUAAGAUAUGAAAAUGUGU